UUUCAUAGUGAGAAGAACUAAAAUGGAGAUGAAGUACGAAACCCUAGAAAUCAAACAAAGAAUUUCUUCAAACAGUCGCGUUUUCGAACUAAUCCUCAAUCGACCUUCCACCCUCAACUCCUUAUCUCGAGAAUUCUUCAACGAAUUUCCCAAAGCCCUAAAUUCUCUAGAUCAGAAUCCCAACGUCGCCGUCAUAGUUCUAUCCGGCAAAGGCGAACAUUUCUGUUCCGGCAUCGACCUCAACACUGUCGGUGGCAUCACCGCAUCCAGCACUGAUCGUGGUCGCACCAGUGAACUCCUCAGGCGAAAUAUCUUGGUUUUGCAGGAUUCUAUCACUGCCAUUGAACGCUGCCGCAAGCCUGUAAUCGCUGCUAUUCAUGGCGCAUGUAUAGGCGGAGGAAUUGAUAUCAUCACAGCCUGUGAUAUACGUUACUGUACGGAGAAAGCUUUCUUCUCCGUUAAGGAGGUUGAUUUGGCUAUAACUGCUGAUUUAGGUUCUUUACAGAGAUUACCUGCUAUUGUUGGUUAUGGUAACGCAAUGGAAUUGGCAUUGACUGCCCGGAGGUUUUCCGGCGUGGAGGCUAAAUCCCUUGGCCUUGUUUCUCAGGUUUUUAAGGAUAAGCAAGCUUUGGAUGCUGCUGUUGAUAUCAUUGCUCAAGAUAUUGCAUCGAAAUCUCCUCUUGCAUUGAUUGGAACAAAAUUGGUGUUACAGAAGAGCCGGGACUUGACUGUUGAUCAGGGCUUAGACUAUGUUGCGACAUGGAACGCAGGUACGCUUAUAUCGGAUGAUCUUGUUGAGGCAAUAUCGGCCUUCAAACAGAAACGUGCUCCAUCUUUUUCCAAACUUUGAUUUUCUUGUAUAAGAAAAAGAGUAUUAUAGAAAUAAAAGAUAACAAAUUUGAACCUUAUAAUAGGGAUUGUAUUAUACUGUUAUUGUUAUGCACUUAUCUUGAAUUCAAUAAAAUACCAACAGAGAAUAAACUUGUUUUGAUUAUGCCUCUGUUUUCCCUU